UUCUGUAUUUUUGUUCUCAUUUUUUCCCCCUGGAAGUCAAUAUUCUUUCGUCGUAUUAACUUUAAUUAGCAUAAUAAAUAUGUUUUGUCAAGGCGAGGAGGCCGGAAAAAGACGAUACAAACGUCAAGCUGUGGUUGUGGAGAACACGGUGGAACUUUUCUUUGUGGUGGACUUUGCAGAUUUUGAGCGGUAUGAGGCGGAGUUUGGAACGACAGGUGCGGGCACAGAAGAGCUCAUCAAACUGAACAUUGCCUAUGCUGCUGAAUCGGCAAAUGUGAAACUGCAAAACUUGAGGGAGGAGUUCCCCGAGUCGGUGGUGAGACUGUGCGUUGUUGGGGUGCUCGUCAUCAAGGAGCCGGGACAUUCCAACUUCACGGACAAUAACACCGUGGACGGGGUCGUGAGUGAAGACAGGGCUGUUGCAGAUUUCAUCAACUUUGUCAAGAGCAACAGCUGGUUCCUGCCCAAAGCUGACCACUACAUUGGCUUCACUGGGUGA